AUGUUAGAAGAUGUUAAAGAUACUAUCAGGAAAGCUUCAGGGCAUUCAAACGAAUAUGAUGCAUCCAUUAAUAUCCUAAAUCAGAUUAUCAGAGAAACCACCUUGGAAGAGAGGAGAAAAGAGUUAUCUAACUCAGAUGACUUUUUCCUGGAGUUACGUGAUUGUGCAAUUAUUGGAAAAUCCACCCUUCUUUCUGAAGUUUGCACGGUCCAGUAUGUCAGAAUUGUUAAAGCCAUCGUCAUCAUAUCAAGAAAUCUUUCUGUAGAGAAUCAGGCUAGCCCACAGGAAAUAUUACUUCCAAAUGCUCUCAUUGACUGGUAUCUGUCAUUAAUGAAACAAGAUGCUAUUUCAUACCAGGAUUCAAAACAAAUCUACGUCCUGAUAUGUCAAUUUUAUUUUAACUGCUCAAGAUCUAAUAUGCUUUUUGAUCAGUCUAGCUUCAAUAGCCAUAUGGAGUUUAUUAUUGAAAUGAUGAAAUAUGUUAAUCAUGAAGAUGCUCUAUAUGCAUUUUCUUUGUUUCUUUCUAAGGCAUUUGUGAAUGAAAGCUUCCUUUCUCUCUUAAUAAAUGACUCCAGGGCAUUAAUUGUAAUUUACGAAUUAUUAAUCAUGAAGAUAAUUGAAGAAAAGACUGAAAUACCAUCUAUUCUCAAAAGCAAACUUGAUGAAACAUCAGAACUAUCAACUUUAGCUACGGUACAACUAAAAAUAUUGAAGUAUUUGAUUACACAUGAGAGUUUUGGCUCGUUAAUGAAGAAAUUAAAGGAGCUAUAUAACGAAGAAGCUUUUAACUCAGUUCUCAAUAUAUCUACAAUGCUAAUAACUAGUUCAGAUAAAUGGGAUCUUUAUCAACUAACUGCAAUUUCCACUUGGGGAAUGACCUUUCUAGAAGAAUAUUCUGACCUUGUUAAUAAAUAUUUUGAAUUGGAACUAAGUGAUAAUCCAAUAGAUCCUUCUCCUAUCUACAAAAAUCUAUUAUCAAUUCUCGAUAUUCUAACAACACUGGCACAAUACCAACAUGUUCAGAAAUUUUUGGUAUCAUACGAAGGUCUCCAGAAAAUAAUUACACUGUUUGAUAUCUUAGAAAAAAAAUGCUUAAAAAUACAAUUCAAUAAGCCAUCUGGAUUCACAUAUCCUGAUUCAAAUAUCCAACUUAACGUGAAGGCUACAGACAAUAUUGGAAAUAUUAUAAAAAAUGCUGAUAUACUAAACAAACGAAUCAAAGAAAAUAAAAUAUGUGAUUCCAACUUCCCGGGCAUCAAAUGUUAUUUAGUUGAACUGUUAGGCUUUAUGACUUACGGGCAGACUGAGGUGCAGAAUUUGAUUAGGGAACUUCAUGGUCUCGAACUCGUUCUCUCGAACUGUAUUAUUGACGAUAACAAUCCUUUUAUCAAAGAAAGAUCUAUCAUAUGCAUUCGUUAUCUUCUAGCUGAUAACCAACAAAAUCAGGACUUUAUUACAAAACUCGAAGCCAAAAAAGCAGUUAACGACGAUGUACUAGAAAAGGCAGGUUAUAGAAUGAAUGUAGACGGGAAUGGGAACGUUAAAUUAGUUUCUGAUGAUAAAAAUGCCGUGCCAGAAAGCACACUUCUUUCUGAAAUUCAUAAACGAUGA